GUCUACGUGAAAGGCUGCCAAAGCGACGAUCCUCCAGAAGUAAACAAACAUGGCUCACUGGUUUCACAGGAAUCCCCUCAAAGCCACUGCUCAGGUGAAAUUUGACCUGAAAAUGGUCGCGUCUGACAGCCAGGCUCUGAAAUUAUGUAGUGACCUGCGUCAGGCAAGAGCUCGACUCCUUGAACUCUUCCCUGAUGCCAACCAUGAGAUCGACGUGGUGGAGCCAGCACUGACACUAUACCUUGCUCUGCUGCGAGGUCUCAUUGAAGCACCAGAGGGCUCUGACUGGAGCAAGCUGAGGCAUUCUGUGCGCUUCCGUUGGACCCACUCCAUGCUGGGCAGCACUCCUGAGGCUCACUUUGAUGCGAUAUUUGAGCUUGUAUCAGUCCUUCAAAAUGCAGCGUUUUGGUACAUGAAGCAUGCAAGCAAGGUGGCAGCACAGGAAGAAGUGAGCAUGGACGAAGCCAAGAUUGUCCAUCGUAGCCUUCGCCGUGGGGCAGGACUCCUGAAGUACGCCCAAGAGGAGUGGGUGAACAAACUUCUCGAGGCCCCCAAGCCAGGGAGUGAUGGGGACCCCAGAGUGCACACAGCAUAUCUCAACCAGGCUACAGCAGAGGCCCAAGAAGUGACAAUAGCUCGAGCUGUGGAGUUGAAACACAAUCCUGGACUGAUUUCUGCACUUUCUAAUGAAACUUCCAAAAUGUUUACAACGGCUGCUGAUUCCAUCACAUCACUGGAUGAGAAGACAUUUGGCCAUUGGACAAAAUAUUUACGAUUAAAAGCAGCUUUCUAUGCAGCGUAGGCUUACAAUUAUGCUGGAGAAAACAUGCUGAACCAGGACAAAUGCGGAGAUGCCAUCCGCUCACUUCAAGAAUCCAAAAAGAAUUAUGAACUGGCUGCAGAAAUGUGCAAGGAAUACGGCCAAACCAAAGGGCCGGGUACACAGGCAAAGCCAGAGAAACAUCAGUUCUUCCGCCGUAUUGCCCCCAUCAUUGCAAGGACCUUGGAGAAGUGCGAGAGAGAGAAUGGAAUGAUCUAUCACCAAAAGGUCCCUUACGACCCGCCCCAGCUAGAACUCAGAGCCACAUAUGGCUUAGUCUCACCUGAUGACUACACCCUCCCCCCUGCAGCUCCUCUCUGGUCACCAGUCACCUAUGCGGCCUUUGACCUUACUAAGAACCUCGCAGAAGACCCUGGUGCAAACUCGAAGUCUGCCCAGAAAGCAGAAGGGGAUCUCCCGCCUGUCAAAGAAGCUGAUAUUCACCAGUCAUCCAAGGACCACAAAAACAACAGUGGAUGCUCUCUGAUGUAGCCUCUCUGUGAGUGGACAGCUGUCAUGAGUGAUUGUAGAUCAUAGCUCAUGGUUGUGUAGUUUUUUCCUUUCUAUUUGGGGGGAGAGGGGUUAGGAUUUAGAAAUGUACCAUCAUUGGAAAUGAUGGUAAUUUUCUACUUGUCUUUGGGAGGUGAAUUAAUGUUUACUUAAACUAUUUCUGGAUACUUUGUGGCAAGAUUAUUUUUACUUGUCAUAGUCUAACCAAAGGUAUAGAGAAAAAUUAUGUGUGUAUUUCAGAUGUGAUUAUUGUAUACACUGAUAAAAAAGUGGUUAUUUGUUGUCCUUCAUUUGUAAGGCAUUUAUUGUGUUUAUUUGUAGUACUAAAAGAAUUGAUUCUAAACAGCAUCCAGUGAAUCAAGGAAAAACUUACACCU